AUGGCGUCUCGUGAAGCCGGGGCCGGCGGAGCGCACGCGGCAAGCCGGCCACCGCCGCUCAGGGUGGGGCGGACCAGGGAGCACCGGAUGGGCCGGGACACGCAGCUGCUCGCCGCCGACGGCGGCGCGCCCGUCAGCCUAUUCGUGCUCUGCGGCCACCGCUUCGAGGCCGCGCAGCUCUUCCGCUCCGGCGAGAUGUCCGUCGGCAUGGUCCGGGUCGACGGCCACCCGGUCUCCAUGGCCACCUGCGCCGUCGGCGACCACCACUGGAUGCUGGCCCGGGACGCGCUCGUCGCGCGCGUCGACGCACGCGUCUUCGUAUUCGAGCUGCCCGGCUUUUUCUACGCCGUCGUCGUGCCGCCCGACGCCGAUGGUGGGGUGGCGCCGGCGGAGAGGAGGUGCGACGCGCUCGCAGAGAUCUUUGCACGCUUCUGCGCCUACCAGGAUAUCGUCUCCAAUGCCGAAGGUACAGACGAACCCGACGAGCAGAGUCAGCACUGGAACCCAUGGGUACGCGCCCACGCCAGGAUACAGCGCCUCGGGAGGCCCACCACGCCGCCCGGCCAUGCCGCCGCGGUCGAAGGGACGGCCGCCACUGUCGCAGCCACCGCCAGGCAGAUGGAGCGCGCCGUCCGCACGUCUGCCGUCGUCAAGCUGCUAAACCACUCCCUCCUCGCGGGCGCGAUCCAGCCCGCGCGCCACCUCAUCAUCACCAUCGGCGCGCGCGCCGAGGGCACAGCCACACAGCUCCCCGCCGCCUUCGCCGCGGCACUGCCGAGCAAGUCGGUCGUGUCUGACCUCCUCGACGCCAUCGAGACCUGCAGGACGAGCACGCCGCGCAGGGAGCUGGCCCGACGCGGCAACGGUCCGGGGUGGUGGAGCCUCAACGUGGAGGGCGUCAUGAUGCUGCUCAGGGUCGUCCAGGCGAUGCGGGGCCGGAGGCUGCAGGCGACGCCGCUCGGGGUGGGGCCCAAGAGGCCGCGAGACGAGGGGAACGGCGGCGCCGGGCACGACGGUCUGAGAGGCGGGGGCGGAGCUGCGUUCGGUGGGGGCACGGCGCGGCGGCGGUGUGGCGGGACGCAGAGGAAGCUGGGGAGCACGCUCGGUGCGUGUGGAAGCUCCUGA